AUGCCUCAGUUUAUUUUUAGGCUAACUAAUUUCUUCAGCAGUACUCAGCAUUUAAACUCCUUCAGCCACAAUGUGAAGGAUGCUACAUUGUUUAAAAUUCCCAAACCUCCAGACUCGGAUGACGAGGAAACUUGUGUAGAUGAUCAUCUAGAAAUUAAGAAAAAAGUAAAUCAAGCCUUCGAGGAAAAUGUCAAUGGAAAGUGGCAGCCCUCGGAUGACUGUAAUACAGCGGUAUUACCACCGAAUCAAACAACAGUUAAUUCCUUUAAGCUACUACUUGCACACCGUAACAGGUUGUUGUUUGCUCUUAAGAACUUUAUCCCUAGUGAUGUAGUGAUUGCCAUCACUAACCGAGGUCACAUCUCUUCAGUUAGAUGCCAAGAAUGUGUGAAAAUAGCACAAACAAAUCACUCUGCACAAAACGUUAAAGAAACUAAAGAGCCCAUUAAACAACUUUCCCAGCCAGUGAGUGAUGUGACUAAAAGAACUCCUUAUUUUGUCCUGACAGUGCCUCACAAAGUAGGAGGAUCAAGUGGCCAAAGAGUUAAAAGACUGCAGGAAGACAGUAACAUUAGAGAAGUCUCAUCGGCUAAGCGGUUUUGUGAUGAAGCUCAGCAUCCUGGCAUGUCCAGUAGGGAAACUAAUGACUUGAGCUCAGAAACUUGUGAAGAACCGAAAGAUUAUGAAACUUCAGGAGUGAUAACAGAAGAGACUAGGAUUUCAGAUAGCCAGACAGCUCCAUACACAUCAGUUAAUUCAGGUGACAAAACUGAAAUAUUGAAAGUAACUACAUGUAACGAGUGUCUUCGAUUACAGCACUUUUUUAAAGAAUACCAGCUUCUGAAGGCUAGAUUUUUGUCAUUAUUCUUGUGGCCAGCUUUCAUGUCACAGAUCAAACCACUGAGACCCAGUGAAACAAAACAGAAUGUAGAACAAAAUUGUUCUGGCCAAGAAACUGAAGAAACAACCAACGAGCAGAAAGAUAAAGCCAAGAAAAAGAGAAGAACACCAAUGCUAAAGAAGAGAAAACUCAAGAAGCCGUGGGUGUCGGAGAGAAUUAAGCAGCUACACAGGGAAGUUACUCAACAGCAGUCGGGAAAUGAAAGUGUAGUUGAUACCAUUCAAGAAACUCCAAGUAAUACUCAAGAGGAUUGUACUCCACCUAUUGUCCAAGAAAGUGGAAAAACUAGAAAAAAACGACAGGUUCGUGUCAAGAGAGAUAAAAGUCUUAAACUGGAACCUACAAGAAGAAGUGCUCGACAGCAAAAGAAGUAUGCCUGAAAUACAAUUCACCAACAAAAUAAUUUCGGGUGUUAUACGCCUUGAAACAUUACAGACAGAACUACUUGGAGCUACGUUCCAGAAACUUUGGUAGUUUCUUGGUUGGUGAAUGAAUGGCUUACAUUUGAACCAUACAAUUCUGUUUAUGUUCUACAGAUUUUAGCAGACUACUGCUAAACACCAACAAAACGGUUUAAUCUUGUUCUCCUUUCAUUUAAUAAGUAGUACCAUCAUUGCUGGUCCGUGUAUAGUUAUGAUUUAGUUAUACGUUCAAACAAGAAAUGUUCUGAGGGAUUCACUGAAUUGAAAAUUUUGUUUACAUUUAUCAAAAAACAAAUUAAGAGUCAGAAACAUGUACUUCUUUGCAUCUUCUUAUCAUUGUGUAGUAAAUUAAACAUCUAAACGAACUAGUAAUUAUAUUGUUACAUUGAUAUUGAACAUAUUGCUCAUAAUUUCACUAUAGCUGUAAAUUAUUUUACACAAGUCUGAUCAUCCAUUAUACCACUACUGUAAUAGUAGCCUCUACGGAUAAUGUGUAUAUUUAAACGUCUGCUUGAUCAUUUUAAUGAAAUCUUUUGUUGUACAAAUAUAAAUAAUGCAUGCUCAUUUCAGAAUGUUGUCAACGCGGAAAAAUUUCGCACUAAAUCGUAUGUUCUUGCGAUUAUUUGUCACAUUAUCAUUAAUAAGUAAAACGUGUAACUGGUAACACUACAGUUACUACAAAUCAACAGUAUAGCAAAACAUUUUUAAACAUAAACUUGGCUUAUGCGAUAUCUCAUGUUUAACUGAGAAACUUAAGUUGUGUAAUUCACGUGUAUCACAAAAAUGUGUUGAAUAAUUAAAUGGUUUUUAUAUUUAUUUGUAUUAGAAUACCUGUAUUAUGAAAGUUUUAGAUAUCAAUUUAAAUAAAUACCAAUAUUGUCUUAAAUUUGAACGUGAAUUAUUUUACAAUUAAUUUUAUGCCUGUGUUGGAUAAAUAUCCUUUCAAAUUACAUUUUACUUAAAAAGAGUUAACGACAAGAUAAAAUGAGGCUUUAAAAGUGUUAAGUUUUGCCAUGUUGAUUUAGUAUCAGGUGAGAUUAUUCUAUGUUAUUUAUUCCACAUCAUCAUGUUGAAGAGACCAGUGUUUAUCAAUCACCUGUCCAUCACAACCACCUUGCCACUCUGUGGGAUUUCACAAAAACUGAUAAAAUAUUAAUAUUUAAAUUGUAAUGUUAUUUUAUUGAACUUGUAUCUUAGUGGUCCCAAAUAGUGUAUGGAGGCAUUGAAUUUAUACUUGAUAAUUGACAUAAAAAGGGUUGAUAAAAAAAAUUGUUAUAGAGGAAGUCCUGGCUGUGUACCUACGGCAUUUAAGAAUGUAACAAACGGUGAAGUUGGCACUGACUGGGCAAGUGUUGGUUUUGGCACCAAAAGUUACAAGAUCA